AGCCUUCUUUUAUCUCCUUCAUAUGUUGAAAAACUGAACUCGCUCCCUUAAAGAAAUUAAAAAAAAGGAAAAAAAAAAUCGUAAAAUCAAAACCCUAAAUCGGAGUAAUUUUUGUGAAUCGAUCAUGGAGACGAUGAUCAAUUUCAAGCUGAUGAUCGUACUUUCGCUUUGUUUGGUUGUACGGUUGACUCAAGCGAAGGACAUUCAGUACUGCGAUAAGAAGGCUCAGUAUGGUGUAGAAGUCAAAGGAGUUGAGAUAUCUCCUGAUCCGGUGGCAAGAGGCAAGACAGCUACCUUCAGCAUUGCUGCUGCUACAGAUAAAGCAAUCUCUGGAGGAAAACUGGUGAUUGAUGUUUCAUACUUCGGAUGGCACAUCCAUAGUGAGACACAUGAUCUUUGUGAUGAGACUUCCUGCCCUGUAUCAAUUGGCGAUUUUGUGGUUGCUCACUCACAAGUUUUACCUGGCUUUACUCCACCUGGCUCAUAUUCUCUGAAGAUGAAAAUGUACGACGGAAACAAGAAUGAGCUAACAUGCAUUGCCUUUGAUUUUGACAUUGGAUUUGCGUCUUCUGUGGCCGAUAGUUAAGUGCUCCAAAGGUUUCUUUGCUCCGUUCCUGUUUAUCUGGCUGCAUAUAAAGUUAGCGUGUAAAAAGAAGUUACUCUUCAAACUUAGCUCCUGGAAUUUACUUUACUGGAAUGUUCAUUAUCAUGCUAUAUGUGCCUCCUCUCUCGACAUUAAUGAAUAUUAUGUAAUGUGUAACAUUUACCAAAAACUUAAAGAUUGAAAGAACUUCAGUUUAGAAAAUUAA